UCUUGUGCCCUGCUUCGACAUUCUCUUUCAUGUUUUCUUUCCUUCGCUAUACCUGUCCGGUCCAUAUCUUGGAGAUCUCAGCAGCAGAAUAUGGCUGAUAAGCAGAAAGCUGAUUCAUUCAUGGUGGACCCUGCGUCAAGCCCAACCCCACCAACACCACAAAACCUGACUUUCUUCAAGGUCCAGCACAUCCUCAGAGGCCUAGCUGUUUUGUUCACUGCAGUUUCCAUUGCAAUCUUGGUCACCAACCACCAAACCGUCACAGUCUUCAUGAUGGAGUUCCAAGCUCACUUUUAUUACUCUUCUGCCUUCAAAUUCCUGGUCGCUGCGGAUGCUAUAGUCUGCGCCUCAUCCGUGGUCACACUGAUUCUGGUUGUCCAUCUGGAGAAACGCAAGGCAAUACCACAACGCAGACACUACUGUUUCUUGCUGUUUCUGCAUGAUAGUGUGAUGAUGGCGCUGAUGAUGGGAGGGUGUGCGGCGGGAACGGCGAUAGGAUAUGUGGGGCAGUACGGAGAGUCGCAUAUGGGGUGGGGAGCGACAUGCGAUAGUGUGCCCAAGUUCUGCAGAUUAAACGUUGUCUCGCUCUUGUUCUCUUAUUUGGCCUUCUUUGCCUAUUUCGGACUCUCUCUCUUGUCUCCUGUUAACUUCCUCUCCUCUUCCUCCUUUCUUCCUCCCAACUAGCUACCCACCUUCAUUGCUCAUUUCUGUAUGAUAUCCUCCUCUUAAUAAUCACCCCACUAGGCACCUUGUAGCUAUUAUUAUUUAUAUAUCUAUUUCUUCUA